AUGGAAGCAACAGAAGCAAUCGAGCUCUUUGAUUCAUACUGGUUUGAGAUGGAAAUAUUCAAGAAACAACCGAUUUUACCUAAAUCAUCAAGUUUAGAAGCAAACCCAGAUCAUGAAAAUCAAGAAAAGGCUCUAAAACCAGAGAUUUCAAGACUCCCAGCGACCAUUACAAGGUCUAUGAGUGAAGUUUUAUGCUCCAAUACAACCUUCAGUUUUGGCUUUUCUUUCUCUUCAGAUUCAGUCCUCCGCGCACCAAAGCUCCACACCAUCAUUUCAGGCAAAGACUUCACAGAAGAAGAGUAUUCAACACCAACGGAGAAGGAAUAUGUCCUGGAAUCACAUAAAAAGAAAGUUACGAGGAGAAGAGGAAAGAAAGUUACAAGCAAGAGCUUGUCAGAAUUGGAAUAUCAAGAGCUAAAAGGGUUUACGGAUUUGGGGUUUGUCUUCUCAGAAGAAGAUAAAGAUUCAAACUUGGCUUCAAUAAUUCCAGGAUUGCAAAGACUUGGUAAGCAACAUGAGGAUGAAACCGUUCUUGAUGAGCCUACAGUUUCUAGGCCUUAUUUAUCUGAAGCAUGGGAAGUUCAGGAACAGAGAAUGAAAGAGGAGCCAUUGAUGAAUUGGGCAAUUCCUGCUUUGAGCAAUGAGAUUGACAUGAAAGAUAAUCUUAGAUGGUGGGCUCAUACCGUUGCUUCUGCUGCUAUAUAA